AUGUGCGUUGUGUUGCACAAUCUCUCACUAUUCACGCUUUCUUAUGCGUGCCAAUGUGCCCUCGACAUUUCCGUUCAGGCCAGCUCACUUUUCGGCCUUUUAAGAGUCCAUGCCAAAGGCCCGUUGACGCACCAAAUGGACUAUAUGAAGCCCACUAAACCUCGUCGCUUGCGUAGUAGCAGACCAAGAUUGGUGGGGUUUCCGCAGCCACCAACAAUUGUAUAUCCGCAAAACAGAGCUCCCAUUUCAAGAGCAAAGUCGAUUAAGUCAUCAUCGCCCAUGGAUCAGUCGAAGCGGGUAGUUGUCUGCGGCGGCGGAGUCAUAGGAGUUUGCACGGCUUACUUUCUGGGGGCGAAGGGAGCUGUCGUCACGCUCAUCGAGAUGUCCGACGUGGCGUGCGCCGCUUCUGGAAAAGCCGGCGGAUUCCUCGCCUACUACUGCUGUCCUGCGCCGCUUCCGCACACGCUGGGCUCAUGUUUUCUCACGUAUAUAAGACUCUGGGAAGUGCCAUAUCACAUAUUAAACUCUUCUGUGCGCAUGAAACUAUAA